AUGUCUGAGCCUAUUAAAGACCAACAAACCAAACGUACUGGUUUCCAAACAUCUCCAAGCAAUAACUCGAACAAUGCAGUUCAAGCCCAGUCAGACCAUCAAAAAACCCCAAACAGCAUCUUAAAUGAACCUUAUGACAUCUCAGUUUCUACCCCAACUACAUCUACAGAGAAACAAGGCGAUCAUGAAGGAUCUAACUUGAAAUCAAUGAGGCAACGCGGGCCAUCAUCUUCUCGUAUCGAUGGUGCACAUGUCAACUGUGAGAAUUCACCCUCAACUUCAAAGCUCAAAAAUAGCGCACAUGCCAAGACGUCAGCAUCAUUUUUUACUGGUAUGAAAAAGAACGCGACAUCUAUGGUGAAAUACAUUGCCGAGUUUAUUUUGGCAGCCUUUCCAAAGAAUAUAUCUGACUCUAUCAGGAAGACUUAUCACACGUACGCAGCGUUUGACAUAGAUCCAUUCAAAACUCUCAUGUCUAUUGCUUUGGAUGGCAUGGCUUAUGUUACAGCAAUGUAUGCGAUGGUGAUGACGAGUAUGAUUUGGUUUAUUCGCUUACCCAUUCUGGUGAUGAUGAAACUGGCUGUACAUUUUCUUGAUGCAGCUCGAUUUACAGGGCAAGGAUUUAUUUCCUGUGCAGAUUAUCUCAAAAAGAUAAUGAACGCUAAUAGUUCAGAUGCUGCGACUCAGUGUGAUGGGAAAAUUGAUGAGUCGUAA